UCACCAAAGAGUCGUUCGUUCGAAAAUGACCCUACAUUACUAGACAUUUGAAGCCACACGCGCUUCAUUCAUCGUGGAGAGAAGACUUGAUCGUUACAUCUUUUAAUUUCUCCAAGUCAAGUUUUUGAAAAGAUAGAACUGCCUACUUUGCCUUUGACCAGGUCAGCAUCACUUUGACGUCAUCCUCGUCAUGUCUAAAGGCACAGUGGUUCUGGCGUACAGUGGAGGACUGGACACCUCCUGUAUCUUGGUCUGGUUGAAGGAAGAAGGAUAUGAUGUAAUCACUUACUUGGCCAAUAUUGGACAAGAAGAGGACUUUGAUGCUGCAAAGAAGAAAGCAGAGAGUCUUGGAGCAAAGAAGGUGUUUAUUGAGGACCUGCGGGCAGAGUUUGUAGAGGAGUUCAUCUGGCCGUCAGUUCAGGCCAACGCCAUAUACGAGGACCGCUACUUACUGGGUACCUCGGUGGCCAGGCCCUGCAUCGCCCGCCGCCAGGUUCAGAUUGCACGCCAGCAAGGUGCCCAGUUUGUUUCCCAUGGUGCCACUGGAAAGGGCAACGAUCAGGUCCGAUUUGAGCUUACCUGCUACGCCAUGUACCCUGAAGUUAAAAUUAUUGCUCCAUGGCGGAUCCCAGAGUUUUACAAUCGCUUCCGUGGGAGGAAGGAUCUGAUGGAGUAUGCUGAGAAACAUGGCAUCCCUGUGCCUGUCACCCCUAAAGCACCCUGGAGUAUGGAUGCCAACCUCAUGCACAUCAGCUAUGAGUCUGGAAUACUGGAAAAUCCCAAGAACCAUGCUCCAGUCAACCUGUACCUGAUGACCAAGAACCCAGAAGACACCUGUGAGAGCCCAGAUGUACUGGAGAUUCACUUCACCAAAGGGGUGCCAGUCAAAGUGAUCAACGUCAAGGAUGGACAGUCCAAGGACACACCACUGGGCAUCUUCUCAUACCUUAAUGAGAUUGGAGGGAGGCAUGGAGUUGGGAGGAUCGACAUUGUUGAGAAUCGCUUCAUCGGCAUGAAGUCCAGAGGUAUCUAUGAGACCCCAGGAGGCACCAUCUUGUAUCACGCUCACCUGGAUAUAGAGACCUUCACCAUGGACCGAGAGGUCAGGAGGAUCAAACAGGGCCUGGGAAUCAAGUUCUCAGAGAUGGUCUACAACGGUUUCUGGUACAGUCCGGAAUGUGACUUUGUUCGCCACUGCAUAGACAAAUCACAAGAGAACGUGGAGGGUAAGGUGCAGCUGUCUGUCUUCAAGGGCCAGGUCUAUAUCCUGGGUCGUGAGUCUCCCAGAUCCCUCUACAACGAGGAACUGGUCAGUAUGGACGUGCAGGGAGACUACGACCCGUGUGAUGCCUCCGGGUUCAUCAAGAUCAACGCUGUCAGGCUGAGGGAGCACCACCGUCUGCAGGGUGAAGCCUCCUCCAACCGCUAGGCCGUUGACAUGUCUCUCUCCACUGUCUUCAGCCUCUUUAAGACCUUCCAGUGUGUACUCGUUGCUUUCAUCCCACCAGAGUAGUUCUCCAAUUGACUGUUUCAAAUUUAGAGCUGGAUGUGACAGUAGGUUAUAAUAAAAAAUAAAAUAAGUGUCUAUUUCU